GCAGUGGCAGUGGCCAUGCAUAGAGAUCUGUGUUCCGAGACAUAAGAAUAGCAGAGGGAAUUUUCGGACACGACCGAGUCUCCGAUUAAUUCUAGCAAACGUUGUCCUAUUCAUAUCUGCGGCUCUCGGCGGCCCUGAACUCCCAGCCGGUCCUUGUCCCUCGUCCGGCGGCCGGCUAAAAAUGGCCGCGCCGGGGGCACUACUUGAACGCGACCCCGGGCCACCUGGAGUUCCCGCAAGCUAGCCGAGCUCCUCGGGAAUCCGGUGCCAGGCCUCGCCUUCUCGCGGCGGUGCUCCCUCCCUCUUCGUCCCCCAGCGACGCAGGCAGGCGCGCGCGCGGCCAUGAAGGGGGGCGGUGCCAUGAGGCCGUCGCCUAUGUUCUACGUCCACGAGGCGGACGUCGUCCAGAUCCACCACUUCCUCGAGGAGUGCUCCCUCUGCGCCAAAUCGCUCUCCGGCGACAUCUUCAUGUACAGGGGUGACACGCCGUUCUGCAGCGAGGAGUGCAGGGAGCAGCAGAUCGAGGUGGACAGGGCGAAGCACCGGCGGAAGAAGCGCGCGGCGGCGCACGCGCUGUCCGCACGCAGCAGGGAGCACCGGCACCAGCAGCAGCUGCAGCAGCACCACCACCAGCAGCAGCAACCGCAGCCGCGGAAUGCCGGCAUGGACACCCGCCACCCGUGGGUCGACGCCGGGUUCGCCAGGCCCAGGGCGCCCGCGCUGCGCGUCUGAGCAAAAGAAUUAGCGCGCCGCACGCACACGGCACACUUCCCCCGCGCCGCGCCCCGCCCCCGCCGCAGCAGCACCGGUUGCAUGCAUGCACUAGUGCCGUGCGUAAGUACCGUACGCGGGCGAGCGACAGCUGGCUCGGGUUUUUUUUGCUACUACAUACACGUAGUAUCCUGAUCCAAGGCUAGAACUGUAGAGCCAUGCAUGCUGCCGGAUCGGAGAGCCGUGGGCCAUGGACCGAUGGCGUCUCUCUCCCCCGCUUGUUUUCGGCCUCUCGUAUUUUGGCUGUAGUUCUUGCUCUCUCGUUCUCGUGGAAUGAAACACGUACGUAUGGAUUAUCCUACCAGCAGAUCGACUAGUUUUUGUAUUUCAGACUCUGGAUGUACCUAUACAUCUCAUUAGAUUUUUACUGGGUGCUGCGUAUAUUGCCUUGUCACUGAGGCGGCAGCUCAGACUGUAAAAGAUAUACGAGACAGAAACCGAUGAGUCGGUUCCGAAGGCUAGAGAAUAUACAUGUGAAGUGGAUUUAGGCAGUCGGAGCGAUGUAAUAUUGUUGGGGAUGUAUAAACAGCGGUGGUAACCAUACAACUUCAAAAUCUCAAUCUUUUAACUGUA